AGGAAGCGUCCAUGGAUUCCCAGCCGCCUCACGUUCUUGCGUUUCCAUUUCCCACGCAGGGUCACAUAAACCCGAUGAUACUUCUCUGCCGCAAGCUCGCCUCCAUGGGAUUCGUCGUAACUUUCCUCAACAUUGGCAGCAAGAACAUGAGCUCCACUGCUGAUGAGCAAUUCAGGAUCAUGAGCAUCUCUGACGAGUGCCUCCCAUCUGGCCGGCUUGGAAACAAUCUCCAGAUGUAUCUCAACGCGAUGGAGGGCUUGCGGGGCGAUUUCGAGACAACCGUGGAGGAGCUCAUGGGCGAUUCGCAGCGGCCCCCUCUCACUUGUAUACUAAGUGACGCUUUCAUUGGUUGGACUCAGCAAGUGGCCAACAAGUUUGGGAUUUGCAGGGCGACUUUGUGGACGAGCUGCGCGACGUGGGCUCUCGCGUGUUUCCAUUUCUUGUCGCUCGAAAGCAAUGGCCUCCUCCCAGCAUACGGAAGUAGCAGAGUUUUGGAUUUCAUCCCUGGAAUGCCAUCUUCUUUUGCUGCGAAGUAUCUUCCUGACACGAUCCAGAACGUGGAGCCUUACGAUCCAGGCUUUCUCAAGCGCCGGCAGAGGAACGAGAUAAUGAGAAACGAUGCUUGGGUGCUCGUCAACUCCGUUCUGGAGGUGGAGGCAUCGCAGAUCGAAGAGAUCUCCAGGAGCGAGAACCCAAACUUCGUUCCAAUCGGGCCCUUACACUGUCUAAGUACGGAUGACACCCGCACCGCGCGAUUAGCAGUCGCCAGUCACUCUCCCUGGAGGCAGGAUCGAAGCUGCUUGGACUGGCUCGACCGGCAAGCUCCAAAUUCGGUGCUCUACAUCUCUUUUGGGAGCCUGGCAACCGCUUCUCACGAUCAAGUGGAAGAGAUUCUCGCCGGACUGGAUAAGAGCGGCAGUGCUUUCUUGUGGGUGGCAAGGCUGGAUCUCUUCGAAGACGACGACACCCGAGACAAGAUCGUGGCUACGGUCAGGAACAGCCAAAACAGCCUCGUCAUCCCGUGGGCUCCUCAGCUAGAGGUUCUUGAGCACAAGUCCGUGGGAGCAUUCCUCACACAUUGUGGUUGGAAUUCCAUCACGGAGGCCUUGGCCGCCGGAGUUCCAAUGUUGUGCAAGCCUUGCUUUGGAGACCAGAUCAUGAACUGUGCCUUGGUGGUGGAUCAUCUCAAAGUGGGUCUUCGUGCUACGGACGAGGAGCAGGACAAGCAAACCAGCGCUGGCCGGAUUGAAAAAGUGGUGAGGCUCGUAAUGGGGGAAAGUGGACAGGAACUGCGAAAACGAGCCAAGGAAUUGAGCGACACCGUCAAAAGAGCCGUAAAACAUGGCGGAAGCUCGUAUGCCAACAUGCAAGCUUUUGUGGAGGACAUGAAACGAAGAGCAUUGAAUUGACAAAGGUGAUAUUUCGAGUCUUUUCUGCAAUCUAUACCAGCAAUAUAGGCUUUCUUUGUCCCUCGAUCAGAGAAAGUGCACCAAGAACAAGCGGUGCUUCGCGAAACCACAGCGAUCUGAUAAAAGCCACUGCUUUGAGCAGCCUGAGUGGCCAAGCGAUCGCAUAGCAUUACUUACUUGCUGCUAGCAAACUUGUGUUCUCUACGAGCACUUCAAAGUGUCUGGAACAAACGGCUGUAGAAUAUUAAGAAUAUACUGCUACAAAGACUCCUCCACUCUUGCA